AUGAAAUAAUACUAAAAAUUAUUAGAAUGUUAAGGGGAAUAAUAUGCUUAAAAUUAUAAUGAAAAGAAUUAAGUAGAAAAGUUAAUCAAAGAAGAAAACAAUAAUGUUCCUUAAUAAAGUUACCAAAAAAUUUAAAGAUUAAGUUUGAUUAGAGAUAAAUAUUAAUAAAAACUAAUAUAGCAAUAAUUAGAAACAGUAUCAACAGUAAAUUCAGGUUUUGAUAAAGUUUCAAAUGAUAAUUAAUUGAAGAGUAUAUCUUAAUUAUUUAAUCCUUUGAAUAAAGAAGAAUAAAGCUAAACAUUUUUAAUUAAACAUUAGAUGAUAGCAAAAAGAAUUAUUUCUGCUUAACCUAUUAGACACUUAAUUAUGAAAAAAAUAUCUGAUUAAUAAUAAUUGUAAUAAUUUGAAAACUUAGAAUAAAAAAAGCCAUUUCUUAUUUUAAGAAACUUAGGUGGGAAUAAGAUCUAGUAUCAAGGAAAAGAUUUAGCUCCUAUUAAUGAAUAAAUUAAUCAAAAUCAAAACAUAUCAAUAUUUAAAAGGUCAUCUAGAAUAAGGACACAGUCUUAAUCACAUGAAUAAUAUUAAAAUUAUGAUUAACAAGAAUAAUAAAAUAAUUUUGAUAUAUAGAAAUCAUUCAAGAUAAGCAAGAUGAAAAAUAAUUAUGAUUAAAAAGAAAUGGAUGAAUAAUAUGAUUCAUUAGAUAGAGAAUAACUUUAAUAAAUUACUAAAAUGAAAGAAGUAAGUUCUUAUAUAAUUUAGAGUGAAUUCCAUCAAAUAACACAGAUAGAAUUUCGAUUUAAUGCAAUAGAGGGCUCAUUGUAUUAGUUAGGAGAAUUUUUAAUAAAUCUCUAAGAAUUGACUUUAGAUUAUUCAAAUAUUGAAUCUUUGAGACUUUUAGGUACAAAAUUAUCAAUUUUAUAAAUUUUAAACAUAAGAAAAUCAAAUCUAUCUGAUUUAUCUGGUAAUCCAUAAAUAAAUUGUAUUUUAGGUAUAUCUAGCAUGCCCAACUUAAUUGAGUUAAAUUGCUCAUUCAAUAAUAUUUCUGAUGUGAGCCCAUUAGCUUUUCAUCCAAAAAUAGUAAAAUUGGAUCUCGAAGCAAAUUAAUUGGCUGAUGAAAAUCAAUUAGAUUACAUAGAAUCAUUAAAUUUACAAUAUUUAAACAUUUUGAAUAAUCCAUUAUUAUAAGAUAAGAAUUUAAGUGAUAUAAUAUAUUAGAGGUUUAAUUCUUUUAAUUUAGAAAGAGAAAAAAAUCCUUAGAUCUCUAAUAAUUCUUAUCAAGAUUUAUAGAGGAAUUAAAAUUAGAUGAUUUAAAUUCCUGAAUCUAAAAGCUUUUUAGAAGAUUAAUAAAUAAAACAAUUAGAAAUACUUUUGGAUGAUUUAGAAAAAAAGAAUUAAAGUUAAAAAUUAAAUGGAAAGAAUGAGAAACAUAAACUAAAAAGACCGUAAACUGCUUAGAUUAAAUAAAUUGAGUUAUAAUAAACACCUAAAGUUUAACAUUCCGAUUCUACUAAUUUAAUGAUAAAAUCAAAUUUUUAAGAUUCUCAAAAGAAAAGUCAAUAGAAAAAUAAUUAAAAAAAGGUUUUUUUUUGA